UUAACUAUACACACGCAGCUUUCUCCCGUGGUCACUGCUACUAACUGGAGCUGAUAAAUGUUUGGUGGAUUCAGUGGAGGAGGGAGGGAUGUGAACAUUUAUCAGAUUGAUUUGUUUCGCUCUGAGGCGGAUAGUGGUGACAGCUUUCUGAUCAUGUCUAUCAGGUUCAGAGAGACCUGCGACUCCUCUCUGCUGGCUUACGCUUCAUGUGAAACCUCAAAGCUUCCUUCCUAAUGCAGAUUGUGUCCCAGCUUUCACCAGCGAGUCUGUAGCCAGCUGUAGUACGUCGAAAUGAGGAAACCUUUCUGGCGGUGGAUUGGAACAUCCACAGAAGGUGGCAGAGAGGAGGAACAAGACAAGGAAAGGGAGAAGAAAUGGGCUGAGUUGUUUCAGCAAUUUGAUACCAAUAAGGAUGGGCGUGUGGACGUGACUGAACUGGGAGAAGGACUUCGAUCAAUGGGGCUUUUAACACAAGCUGACACCGAGAAGGAAAUCAUGCGAGCAGGCGAUACCAAUCAUGAUGGUCAGCUCGACCUCAGAGAGUUCAUCGAGUAUCUGAGGCAACAUGAGAAAACACUCAAGCUGAUGUUUAGGAGCUUGGACCGGAACAAUGAUGGUCAGAUCGAUGCCUCUGAGAUUCAGCAAACUCUCUCAUCCCUUGGUAUCUCGAUCACACUGAAACAAGCGGAGAUGAUUUUGCGGAGCAUGGAUAAAGAUGGGACAAUCACUGUAGACUGGAAUGAAUUUCGAGACCAUUUCAUCUUCAAUCCAUUGACCAAUAUAGAGCAGAUUGUUGAACACUGGAAACAUUCAACGUUCAUGGACAUUGGGGAGUCUCUGACCAUUGUGGAUGAGUUCUCGGAGACCGAGAGGAAGACUGGGUCAUGGUGGAGACAGCUCCUGGCAGGAGCUAUGGCAGGCGCAGUGUCACGCACCUGCACUGCACCCCUGGAUCGACUUAAAAUCUACAUGCAGGUCUUUGCAGCCAAGCAGAAGUUAAACAUGGCCGGUGUCUGGAUGAUGAUGGUGAGAGAAGGAGGUUUCUUAUCUCUGUGGCGAGGAAAUGGAGUUAAUGUCCUGAAAAUCACUCCAGAGACAGGCAUUAAGUUCAUGGCUUAUGAACAGUAUAAAAAGUUAUUUCUGACCUCACACUCCACACUCGAAGUACACGAACGCUUUGUGGCAGGUUCAUUUGCUGGUGUCACUAGCCAGACCCUGAUCUAUCCGAUGGAGGUGCUGAAGACCAGAAUGGGUCUUGGGAAGAGUGGCCAAUAUAUGGGCAUCUUUCACUGUGCCCAGAAGAUGCUCAGGACAGAAGGCCCACGUGCAUUUUUCAAAGGAUAUGUCCCGAAUGUUAUUGGAAUCAUUCCUUAUGCUGGGAUUGACCUUGCUGUCUAUGAGACUGUGAAAAACCAAUACUUACAAACAUAUGGCCAUUCCAGUACUGAUCCUGGAGUCUUUGUGUUGCUUGGCUGUGGCACCAUCUCCAGUACUUGUGGUCAACUAGCAAGCUACCCACUAGCACUCGUACGGACAAGGAUGCAAGCUCAAGCUGUCAUCAAAAACGAGCCCCAGCUCAGCAUGAUCCAGCAGUUUGCCCGGAUAGUGCAAGGAGAAGGCUGGUCUGGCCUGUACCGAGGAAUUACCCCCAACUUCAUGAAGGUGAUCCCUGCUGUGAGCAUCAGCUACGUUGUCUAUGAACAUAUGAAAUUCUUCCUGGGUGUUACCUCAAAGUAAUGGGGUGCCAAGACCUGCAUUUGAUGAACAAUUCUUUGGUGUUUCGUUCCUGUGUUCUCUCCAAGCAAAAAGAACUCCAGAAAAUUACAGCAUGCCAGAAAAACUGAAAACAAAAGUCUUCUCUGAACGCAACAGUUACCUCCAAUCUUAAAUCCUUAUUUUUUGUCCGACUGUGCCAUUUGCCAGUCACCAAAAUCUCACUGUAUUGCUCUCGGGGCAGCUUCCCUGUGCAUUGUUGCCUUCAAUCAGGUAAGGGAGACAGUCUUCAGCCUGCUUGAAGAUCAUAUUUUAGGACUUGGAGUUGAUCCAUAAUUUCAACUUCACUUGAGGUGCACUUUUCAACAAGAAAUACUGGGUCAGUGAAGAGCAAUCCCCACUGAGAUUGAUGGGUCAAGUGUAGAUCAGCAAUGGCAUUCAGAGUCUCCUUGUUCAAGUGCUGCUUUCAGGAUGUCUUUAAAUGGUGAAUGAUUUCUCAUGCUAUGUGCUGCCAAUACAGCUGGUAAGCUGGUCAUGCAUGAGAAUUUUACUGCGGAAUGUGAUGUCAGAACACUGUAUGUACAUAGUUAUAGUUUUACUAAU